AUGCUAAAAGUACUUCAUCAUAUUUUUGCUGCAUUAGAAGUUACCGCUUCAUCAACAGAAAAUAUUAUUAAAUUAAGUUGUAAUGUAAUAGAAUUUGAUGAAUUAAUUUACAAGAUUAAUGCUGGUAAAGAUAUUAAUGGUAGUAGAAGAGACGGUCUUCUUUAUAAUUUCAUAAAGAAAUAUUGCUCUGGAUUACCAAAUAAACUUCAAUGA